CAGCCCGCGUGGCAACUUGCACUUACAACAGCAAAGAUGGCCGCCGCCAGGCCCCUGGUUUCUGUGAUUAACAUUGAGACGGGCGAGGCUGCGGAGCAGACGGCCCUGCCGGCCGUCUUCACCGCGCCCAUCCGCCCCGACAUUGUGCGCACCAUCCACACCAACAUGGCGAAGAACAAGCGCCAGGCGUACGCGGUGUUCAUGAAGGCUGGCCACCAGACUGCUGCCGAGUCCUGGGGCACUGGCCGCGCUGUGUCGCGUAUUCCCCGUGUGCCCGGUGGCGGUACCCACCGCGCCGGUCAGGGUGCCUUCGGUAACAUGUGCCGUGGUGGUCGCAUGUUCGCCCCUACCAAGGUGUGGCGCCGCUGGCACCGCAAGAUCAACGUCAACCAGAAGCGGUACGCCGUGUGCUCCGCUCUGGCUGCGUCGGCCCUGCCCGCUCUGGUGAUGGCCCGCGGCCACCGCAUUGAGCAGGUGCCCGAGGUGCCUCUGGUUCUGUCCGACGCCGUGGAGGGCGUGAAGAAGACCUCCAAGGCUCUGGAGAUCCUGAAGAAGAUUGGCGCCCUGCCCGAUGUGGAGAAGAGCAAGGACUCCAAGGCCCUGCGCUCCGGCAAGGGCAAGAUGCGCAACCGGCGCUACGUCAUGCGCAAGGGCCCCCUCGUGGUCUUUGCCAACGACGAGGGUGUCAGCAAGGCCUUCCGCAACCUGCCCGGUGUGGAGGUGACCUCGGUUGACCGCCUGAACCUGCUGCAGCUGGCGCCCGGUGGCCACCUGGGCCGCUUCUGCAUCUGGUCCAAGGCCGCGUUCGAGAAGCUGGACAAGAUCUUCGGCACUGCCACCCAGGAGUCGGAGGUCAAGAAGGGCUUCAAGCUGCCCCGCGCCUGCAUGGCCAACGGCGACCUGGCUCGCAUCAUCAACAGCGAUGAGAUCCAGAGCAUUGUCAAGCCCGCCAAGUCCGCCGGCCCCAAGCACGCGCCGCUGAAGAAGAACCCGCUGCGCAACCUGGGCGCCAUGCUCAAGCUCAACCCCUACGCCAAGGUUGCCCGCCGCGUGGAGAUCACCCGCAGCACCAAGAACGCUGCCGUCCGCGCCGAGAAGCUGGCCAAGAUUGCCAAGGGCGAGGCCUCGGGCGCCAAGAAGGACAAGGCCGUCAAGGCGAUCGGCAAGGGCUUCUACAAGAAGAUGCUUGUGGACUCCGAGUACGCCGGCGAGGACUACGACCAGUUCACUCGCUGGAUCACCGUCACCAAGCAGACCAAGACUGCCUAAGCAAGCAAUAUGCCCGCAGUUGCCUUCUACGCAGAAUCAACAGUCCUUUGCAGCUGAGGGCUGUAACUGUGUCAUUGAGCCCCUACCGUUCGGCUUGGGUGGCAUCGCUUUUUGCAUG